UGAUAAACUUAUUAAAUAGAUAAUCAGUGACAUGAACAAAUUCAUCCCUCUCUCCGUUUUGCUGUCGGCAUUCGUUUCUCUAAGCUUCGAGAAGGACACAAUCGACUUCCUGUGCUUAACUUGCGAGGAAGACUCCAGCGAGAGUAAAUACACUGAGUGUUGUGUCAAUGGACUAGGGUUGGAUUACUGCUGUUCACAAGCUGAAAAAGCUGGAGAGGGAAUUGCUAAGGCUGCAGGUAGUUUCUUGGAUGCAUUUGGGGCUGGCAGUAACUUCUACUGUACGAAGAAUGAGGAUUGCACUGAUGGGGAUGAGCAGUUCUGCUGUUGGGGAGGAGACUGCUGCACCACCACUGAGUACAUGAAUGAGGGCAUAGAGGCCAUCUUCAGGAGCUUCGGAGGUUACAUCAUCGGAAGCAUUCUGCUGGCUCUAGUACUUCUAGUCAUCAUAGGGCUCUGCUGUUCAAUCUGCUGCUGCAUCUGUAGAAAGUGAACAAAAAACACGCGGAGACUCCAGGAGUCGAACCGGGGUCUGGUGUCCUUAGGACGAAAACAAACUGCACAAUCAAGUCUUAAAGAGGUUAUAGACUGAGACUAUAAAUAUGAAAAGUCUUCCUUUUUUACAUUAUGCUUCGUGAUUUCAUGGGUAGUUUUCAAUGUUCUGUUAAAAUUGCCCGUUAGUUUGGACUUAAUUGUUUGGCUGCCAGCUUCACUAAUUUUGAUUUCAGGUUUCACCAAAUUGAUUUACCAACGUUAGAUGCACGAUCAAAUUUCAUGAUCAAAUCGGUUUUAGAUAUUCUAGUUUUGCUACGUGUUUGAUUAAUUUAUCGCUUUUGAUUUUUGCUUGUGAUUUGUGUUUAAUGUUGUUCGCUUUCGUACUGUAGUAAAGGGUUGCGAAAAAUUGGAUUAGGUUGAUUAAGUUAUUCUUUCUAUUCUAACCGAUUAAUUUUUUCGGUAAAUUUUAACCUGCCAAAGAUAGUUUUCAGACCGAAAUAUUGUCUCAAGGCUGGCUGAAAAUGUAAAUUUUUAUGCUGAAAUUUCAGCUUGCUCAUUAAUCCAAUUAUGUCUUUGACUUUUUUGGCAACAUCUUAUCUUGCAAGUUUCAAAUGUGCAGUAAUUUGCAUUAAAUGUCAAUCAAUUACAGUUGUCAUCUUUGUUAUUCGGGUUUAUAAGUUUUCAGUGCCUACGGGUUCAGUAUACAGGAAAUCAACUGAUUUUCGAGAUUAAAUGGAAUUUGAAAAUUUUGAGGGUUUUGGUAAUCAUCGCUGACAAGUGCAAAAAAGCUGGUCCAAUAGAGUUUAUUUUUCAAUUGAUCUAAGAGUUUUGAUAUCUUAAUCAGUCAGUUUGAUCACACUGCGAAGUGCAAUUAUCAUUGCCAGUUUCGAUUUACCAGAAGAUGAUGAUUCGGUAAUCCUCUUCUUACUCUUUUCUACUUAAGUGAGCUUAAGUUUUUUCAAUUUUGAAAAUUACCUUGUUCUUGACUUACUUGAAAUCAAAAUAUAAUGCAAGAAUAAGCAAGUCGAUGUAUACUGAAUUCUUAAGCCUGUUAUGUCUGUCUGUUCGUCUAAGUGUUGUGUCAAUCAAAAGAAGAAUAAAAAUGAAAUUAUUACCAAGUUGUCAGAUCACAAAGAGAUUGUAAAACCACCAGAAUGGCUUAGAAGAAAUAUAACUACCCCCCUCCAUACUGCAAAAGGGGGCUCAAUGUUUGGUACAAACUUCUUAAAUGCUUGACCGUUGAUUCAGUCCGUUAUUCUGCUACAAUGAUUUGAUGGGGGAAUAGUUAAAGAAAUCUAUUUUAUCUAACGCAAAUAAGCAUUACUUGGACGAAGUCAUAUAAAAGAAACAUUCGUAUAUCUGACAACUAAAUCUGACGUGAUUUUGUGAUACGCACUUUUUGUCUGGCGGAUAUGCCAACAACGAUGAGCAAACUGAGACAAGAGUGCUUAGUAGUUGAAACUAGCUUCAAUGUAGUUAGCUUAAUAAUAUUUUGUACAUCUUACAUGGAGAUUUGAAAUGUUGAAAUAAUGCAUUUUAGCUUGGAAUUAACAUGUUUAGCAUCCCA